AAUGCCCGAAAUGCCCUUAAAUCACUGCUCUAAAGAAACUAAACCACUUUUCUUCUCCACCUUAUUUCCCGCGUGUUUUACGAUCUUUUUUUUUAAUUACACCUGAGAAAUAAUAGCGCUAUAAAUGUGCCAAUGAAGAGAGUCUGAAAAGAUUAGUGGAUUUCACAAAGUGGUUUUGUAAAAUCGCGCUCAGAAAUUGCCCGAAAAUAUCCCGUGAAAUUUCCCAAAUAGAUGACAUGUCAUCAUCAUCACCGGCUAGUGACUUUAUCGGCCAACUUUCUACACCAUUCUCUUUUUAGUUGCCUUUUAGUUUGUUCCGUGUGUGUUAUCAAGGAUGUCUCUGCAGUGGGAAGUUGUGGGCAAGUCGAAGAAGUCCCAGAGCAAGGGUAAGAGCGCCCAGGUGAAGGAAAUCCUCGGGGAAACGGUGAAAACUCCGUCGAUUCGCAAGGUUGAAGAGAACAAGAAGGGGAAUCGCAAGGACAACAAGGAGAAUCGCAAAGUCACCCAGGAAUCCGCCAAGAAGCCACAACAGGCAAAAAUCACCGCCAAUGCGGAGAAGGAGAAGAAGCCCGUGAAGAAGAAAUUCAAGAAUCUCGAGGCUGCGCUCCAGGAAUUCUCCGUGGAUGACCUGAAGUCUCAUCUGGAGGUUCUGAAGCUGAACUUCAAAAACAGCAACAUUGUGUGGCUGAAGGCAAUACUUUCGUACCUCAAUGAGUCCCUGAAUGUCGACGUGGACGCUCUGUUUCUCUGCAAGCCAGUGCUCUAUCCGGCCAAUGUGCUGCCCGAGACACUCAAGAGACUCAUCCAUGCUGAGCUGGAGAGUGCUGGACCGUCCAAUGUGCAGUACUUCUUCGAUCAGUCGCUCACUGCCCUCGCGGUGGAUCUCAACAAGAACCUUCCCGUGGUGGGAACGAAGAUAAUGCUGCAGCUGAUCGCUCUGCGCUAUCCUGUCGUGUGCCAGAGCAACUUCGCCAAGAACGCAGUCCUCCACAACUCGUACCUCAACCAGAGCCCCAUCGGAUUGAGUCUGCUGUGGGCGCUGGGCCAGGGCGGCUUCCAGGAUGUCCAGGUGGGCAUCAAUGUGUGGCAAAAUAUGAUGGUGCCUGUGAUUGAGAUGAAGCACUACUCCAAAUACGUGGUGGACUACAUCUUCCGGAUCCUCCAGAAAGCUCCUGAGAACACCUCUCUGAAAUUAACUCUGCAAGAGUAUCUAAAUCUCAUGGAGACUCUCGUGAAGCCCCGCAAUUCACUUCAUCCCAACUAUCGGAAUCUUCUACCUGAAAGUGCCUUUAUGAUAUCUAAACUCUAUAUUGAGAGCACUAAGAACGUUUCGAAUAUUUUCCUGACGCUCUUCAAGAAUCUGUCCAGUGAUUCGCCCAGUGUCUACAGCUUUGCUCUCGUGCAGUGUCUCAAGACUGAGCCAAGUUGCGUGAAACUGUGGGAAUUGAACCACAAGAAACUCCAUCAGCAGCACGCAAUCCUCCUGAACUACAUUCGAGAAUCCAAACAAGGAAGCAGCUUGCGUGGAAACAAACCUCUGAACGACUUCCUGCGGACCAUUGACACGAAUCUGGUGAGAGAAGAGGAGAAUCCAGUGAAGAAUCGACACCAGGCAAAUGCCAAGGGGAAACAACAAAAUACUCAAGAGAAAACAACGAGCAAAAGGGCAGAAAAAUCAAGCAAGUCUUCGUCUGUUUGCCCCUGGAUUUUGGGCAUUUUCCUACUCCUUGGCGCUGUCGGUGGCAUCAUUGGAUAUGAUGUUCAUGUUCAUGGUGGUCAAUUUGAAGCUUCCUCGACGGGGCGAUUCCUCAAAGACACAGGAGCGCUGCCGUACGUGGAAACCGUCUGGUUCACGAGCCUCUCCUACUCGGCACGUGGCUAUCAGUGGGCCGAGGUGAACGUGCCCGUGUACUAUGGCCAGGCGCGCACUGCCCUGACGCCCUACUACGAGUUCAGCGUGGACAUUGCCAAAGUGGGAUGGAGUUUGACGAAGAAGAGCGUGUGCGGAGCGUGCAACUACAUUGCGGAGAAGUCGCCGGUGGUUGGGAAUUUUGUCGAUCAAUACAUUCCCGGACUGUCGCAGCGUGUUGUCGACACAUCCCGCGCCACGUGGGACACAGUCUCUCGUCUGUCCGUCGAGACGUACCAUGGCGGAUGCGAUUUCUUCAGGACAAAAGUCUUUGUGGGUUCCCUGUCGCCGGAAAACCUCAGCAAAGCCCUCAAUGAGACCCAAUUGGCUGUUGGCCGAUACUACAGUUGGUUUCACGACAAAGUUGACGCCUAUGCGAAGAUCAAGUGAGGACAUCCGAGCUGAAUGUAAUCGUGUUUGGGAAGCAUUCUUAACGAGCAGGACAACAACAACAAAAAAACAUCUAUUGGAAAUUUAUAUUAGGAGUGCGACACUGGAGAAUCCUUUUUCGGCACUCUCCAGAAGCCCCCCCUGAGAAUUUUUGACAAUUUUUCUUCUUUUACCAACAAAUUGAUGCUCUAGAAUGAAUAUUUAGGUAUAAUUAUUUGUCCCUCCCCAAAAAUUCUUAUAUUACCUUUAAACAAACAGAAAAAAACACUCCCGUGACUUUAUCUUUUUGUACAAUUUGUAGAGUUUUUUUCUUUUCUUCUUUCACCACGAUUUGGGGUCCUUUCCGUGUUAGGGAAAGGAUUCCCCACAGUCGUGUAGCAUUUUGUGUGAUUGAUAGGGAGUGAUUUCUUGAUGAUUGUGAGGAACAGAUGAUAGCCAUAAAAACUUAGAUGUAUAUUUCAUUGGGGGAAAAAUGUAGUUUUUUUUUCUUGCGUCGAAAGUGUCUAAAGAGAAUAAAAGAGAGAAAAAAUCA